GCAUGAAUGGACAUGACAGAAUUUCAGUUUAAAACAAAUGGUUGAGACACAUAAUCUGUGACCUUUACGGGAACCCAGACGUACUCUGUUUUCAAGCCUGAUUUAAAGGAGCCAGCGGUUUCUUUAUGUCUCAGGUUUUUAGGGAUUUGGUUCCAGACCUGAGAAGCAUAGAAACUAGGUACAGGCUGGCUACUGGUGUCAAGGUUUUAAAGCUUUUUCACCUCUCCUUGUGUACAAAGCAUCAAGUAAGGCUGCACACUGCCUGUGAGCUGGCUGAAAGAAGGCAUUUUUUUCACUUGGCAAGACAAAUUUGACUGUUUAGAAAAAUUUCCUGUCACAGUCAUGGUGUUGUAAACUGAAGGUGUGCCUCCUAUUGCUCUUAUUAAGGUAAUGCUAUUUUGAAGCCAAGAAGAUCUUAUAUGUUAAGCAGCCGAUUGCAGGUUUUCCCUGAGCCGAUAGCCCGACUAAUUAAUAAGCUAAUAGCAGCUUCUGUUACAUUUUAGAGGGCAGGGCGACAAACAAGUAAAACGAAGCACUUGAAAACUACCAAAAAUCUGAAUCUGACAAUUAUCUGUGAAUCAGAGGCUCAAAUACAUUUAAAUCAGGUUUUUAUUUCUGUUCAUAAAAUGUCUUAAAAUUGAAAACGUGUGAACACAUCAACAGCAUGUGCUUUCCUGAUUUUAUAAAAACAACCAGAUGUGCAUUGGGAAACAUGCUUUAAUGCAUAAAUGCACUGAUGGUUCAUAUCUAACCAGCAACUCUGAACUGUAUCGAGGCCCAAGACAAUUCAGUGCUUUGUAGACCAUUGAUAUGAUUGUAAAUUCUGUCCGUCAGCUAAUAGGGAGCGAGUUCUGUGAUUUACGGAUGGGUGGGACUUGAUCCAUUGGCCUGAUGUUGGUCAGGACUCUGGCUGCAGCAGUUUGGAUGACCUGCAACCGACUAUGUCGACUUGUUUUAGAGAGAUUUAUAAAGACAACAUCACAAGAAUCGAACCUACAGAAAACAAAGGUCCUGACCUGCCGUCUGUGUUCUUUGUUCUUGUUCGUUUAGAACAGCUCGGUUUAUACCGAGAUUAAAUUACUCACAGAUGGAGUGUAUUAAAUGAAAUUUAAUGGCUGUAGUUUUUUAUUUAGGGGUGUCAUAGUAAAGGGUGCUGAAUACAAAGCAUGCAAGAUUUGUCUGAUUUGUAUUUGCCAAACAAAACCCCAAAUAAAAUAAAAACGUGUUUUUUUCCCUUACCCAUCCAAUCAAUCACUGGUCUAUCACAUACAGUCCAUUAAUGUUUUUUUUCUUUUAAUGUGACAACAUGUGGAAAUGUUCAAGGAGUAGGAACACUUUUCAAGGCACCAUAGAUGAAAUUGCCAGUGCCAAGAUUAAAGUUAUAAACUUUAUAAACUAAAUGCAGUCAGAUGGUUUUCUUGAAAUCACUGAUACACAGAUCUUUUGGAGCCUUGUGCAUGGAGAAAAACAAGGGAUUACUGAACUGAAACAAAAUAUCAACCAAUAUUUGGCUUUUGAAGUGGGAUUGCUUAGCUUGGUUUAAAUAUCUUCUUAUUUUGUCCUCACAUUGUAGAAUAAAAGCUUCACUCACUCUGUGUGCAAUAAUGACCCAUUACUUUGACCCCCAGCAAAAGAUGAUGCGCCAGGUGACCACCGCUGACUUCUGCAUGAACAGCAGGCCAUCUUGCCUCGCAGAGGAUGGUCACCACCCUGCGGCUCAUUUCGAACUCUGCACCUCACAAUCCAAUAAGUUCUACCCUCCUCCACCUCCCACCUCCCUCCAGAUGACGCUGGCCCCCAUGGCCUUACCCACCCAGAGCCACAAGACCAUGGUGUGCCAGAGACAGGAUGUUCUCGGCGGCGACCAACGCUCACCUGGAAAAAUACCUGGCCUGAAAGGCUCGGAGCAAACACCCAGUGACGCUAAGAAAAAGAUCAAAGGUGCCGGGAAGACAGGCAGACGCGGCCGGCCUCUGGGAACCACUAAGAUGGCUGGCUACAGAACCAGCACCGGGCGACCCCUCGGCACCACCAGAGCCGCAGGGUUCAAGACAAGCCCAGGAAGGCCGCUCGGUACGACCCGAGCCGCAGGAUAUAAGGUCAGCCCCGGACGGCCUCCUGGCAGCAUCAAAGGCCUGUCUCGCCUCAACAAACUGGCUUACAGUAGCACCUGCAGCGGAGCAGCUUUCCCCUACCCGCUACCACACAAAGAAAUCCUCUGUGAACCCUCCUGCAAAGAGAAGACUGCUAAUGAGGAACGGCUCUGCACUGUUUCUACUUCACCCUGAACUGCUGGAAACUAGAAAGACUGCUGCUUCCUGUUAGGGGUGAUUGUAAUUUUGUUUUAUGAGGGUGAGAGGAGGAGAUUUUUUAUUUUUUUUUAUACUUGUCUUGCUAUCAUUUGUGUGCUUGCCACCUGAUAAUACUACCAUUUGUUUCUCAAUGCUAAUACUGGAGAUCUCUACCAGAUGCUAAUGUUUUCAUCGAAACAGAGACAGCUGUUCAUUAAUCAGGAGGCUAUUGUCUAACAGUCAUAGUAGCAGCUUAAUUUUAGUGUUGCAUGUAGCAUUUUAAAACAAGCUAAGGGAAAUGAAUUUGUAUGUUCAUUGAUUGCAACCCUUAGUGAAAAUGUGGGAAAUUCCCCGGGCUGAUCGAAAACAAAAUGUGUUUUUAAUUUUCAAAGUACUUCUAUCAAAUCCUUAUUGGCUGAUAUUACAUUUACAUUUUAUUAUGUAAAGCCCAUAUAUCAUAAUUUUUACCACUUUUUCCUUUGCUUAUAUUCUUUUCCCUGGCUAAACCUGAGAAAAAUGUUAAACCGUGAAAGAAAAAAAGUGAGCUGAGAACAAAGCUGAGAGUUUGGGAAUUAUUUUCUGACUGGAAUGCUGAACUAUGUCAUCAGUGUAUAACAUAGUGCCCAACCAAAAUGAAAGUAGUGAUGGCAAAGUCUGGGGCUUAAAUUUGGUUCAUAUAGUGAAGAAUUAAGCAGCAAUUUACCCAGAGAGAAUAAGUCAGAAGAACCAUUGUCUUAGUGCAGUAUCUGGGAGACCUAUCAAACCAGCUAUCUACAGAGGAAUUCAAAAGAAUUCUGUUGCAAGUCCAGUCAGCUUGUAAUUCACCGCAGUGGCCACCUGUGACAAAAAGCUGUGAUUCAAAACAUUAGAAUUCAGCCUCCAUUGAAAGAGUUAAUUUCUGCUCCAGUUCUGACCACCAUCCUUAUUCAUAUAUACACAGGCAUGUGUCCAUAUGUUCCUCCCCACAACUGUGUCAUCAGAAUAUCAGGUUUUAUGUUAGGGAUCAAUGCAGUGGUUGUGUAUAACUUGUCUCCAAGUACGUGUUUUAUCAACUAAUGUUUAACCACACUGCAAUAAUGUAGCUGUAAUGGAGCUGAUGUUUCUGCUCAACUGGAAUUAAAAGCAGAGUUAAAAAGAUAAGUCUUUAAAAAGGACUUAAAAUCAUUCAAGGUGUUAGCCCUCCUUACAGUAAGAGGAAGAUUUUCCAAAGUUUGGAAGCAACAACAGAAAAGGCUCUGUCUCCUCGGGUCACAAGACGGGUCCUAGGAACAUUUAAAAGCAUCAAGAGUUCCGACAUCAAACAUCCUCCAGGAACGUGCUUGUGUAAAACCUCUGUUAGAUAAGGAGGUGCCAGACCGUUGAAGCAUUUAAAAUACUAAAUUUGAAUCUUAGAGUCAAUCCUGACGGGUACAGGCAAUCAGUGCAGGGAGGACAAUAUGGGGGUAAUGUGCUCAGGUCGCUUGUUACCCAUGAGCAGAUGGGCAGCAGCGUUUUGGUCCAGCAGUAGGCAACGUAGACGAGAGCUACAGAAGUCCAGUCUAGAGGUAAUAAAAGCAGCCAUCACCCUUUCAAGACCACUGUAAAGUAAAUGGAAUUUCAUUUUGCUAAAUAACCUCAGAUGAUAAAGCUAGACUGGACCACUGCACUGACCUGUCUAUCAAAUUUAAAGCCAUUAUCAAAAACACCCUUACAGCAGUACAAGUCAGUUUUUCUAAAAACGAUCACCUCUGUCCAACAUCCUUAUACAUAUGUGCACAGACAUGCAAGUGCAGUUAUUGAUUUCACAUGACUUGUCAGCGUCAUCAGACUUUUUCUACUUACAGUUUACGUAAAAAGUGAAAACUGCUGUAAAAGUCUCUUGAUAAACUUUAUGCUCACAAACAACAGCUCUGGGUGCCUUGGUGGUCUCGUUCGCUACUCCCUGCUCAAGCCGUCUGUCGGAUCAAACAAGAUUUCCACGUAGAUUUAUUUGUAUUGCCAAAGUGUUUACUUGGUCUUUUGUUAUGUUGCAUUCAAGUAGCCACACAUACAUUCAAAUUAUUCCCAUUAAAAAUUCUUAUCCAGUUGACUAAAAUAUCCAGUUAGAGACUGUGGCUCCAGAUCUGUCAUCAUCUAUAAUUAGUACUCACUUCCUGAUUUUAAGAGAAAUGGGGAAGAGAAAAGGGAUGAUUUACUGUCAAAAAGUGCUUUUAAAAUUAUGUUUCGAAAACCCAUUAUGAUUUAUUUAUGUUUCAUAUUUUCAGUAUUUCUAGGUGUUAUGUUUCUAAAAUAUAUUUACCCUUUAAGCUAACGUGAAAUGGCAAAUGUAAGCAGACCAGAAGGAAUACCAAGUCUGUCUUUGCAUCCAGAAAGGUUAGUUAAGGAGAGUAGCUCUCCAGUCUAACAGCAUCAGAGAAGCAAACAAAUUUUAAACAACUACACAACUCACAGAUAAUCUCGGUCCCUUAGGAGUGUGUUACACCCGUAACUCAAAAUGUUGCUUCCAAAAUGUCUACAUAUUAUUAUUUGCAUGCUAUUGUCUGAAACGGCUCACUCAGCCUAGAGAUUGUUAGAAAUAAGACUGUUAUUUGUCUUUGCAAUGUUUGUUUUUGUUACAAAUACAAAACAAAAAAGUGUUAUUUUUUUCUCAAUAUUUAUCAUGAGAAAGUUAAAAACAUUUGGAUAAAUGUUCAUCCUGCAGGUUCUUUUUCAUUUCAAAUCACUUCUAGUUAUGUUUUAUGCUGCCUAUUUCUCCCUUGAAAUUUUAAAUGUCCAUUUUUUUUAUCGCAGUGAAAAUUAUGGAUUUUCCUGCUUACUUAGCAGAGAUUUUUUCCCCACGCUGAUUCUGUCCACUCGUCUCGGGUGGUGCAGUACAGAUACUCGUACAUUACACUACAGAUACAUUAUGUAAAAUUUUUAAUGCAAUUCUUUUCUACACAGCAUCCACGUGCAAUUAUAUCUCACCCGAAAGCAACAUAACUGUACAAAUUUGUCUGAGGAAUAACUAAGAAUCCAUGUUUCAUCCUUGUUCUUAAGUCCCAUUUUCUUAUUUUUCCAUGAUAAACUGUUACAAUAAAAUGUGGUCUACUGUAAAUUUGUGGCUGUCUGGUGGCAGAAAUAGAAGGGACUUUGUAGAUUUUUCACCAAUCUGUACUUUUGAUUUAAUGUUGCAUUUACACCAUGUAAAUGAGUAGACUCUUCCUCAAACUGUAUUUUCACAUUUCGCAAACAUGUUUUAGAACAAAUUGCUUCCUAAUUUGCGCUGUAAUUAUAGCAGUUAUAGGUAUUUUCAAUAUUUCUGAGUUACCAAAAUUGUGUACUGGCAUUUUUCAAACUAGAGGUCUAAAGCGUGUUACUGUUUUGAUCACAGAUGAGAGAAAACGCCUUCUAAAAUACUUGUCUUUAUACCUAUUUGCACCAUCAGAUGCAUUACAAUGGAUCUGAGAGUACUCUUACAAAGAAGUCAUUACUAUCUCAUUAACUUUAAACAAAGACUGGAUUAUCUCGAUGCAUUUGCUAAACUAUAUGAAGAUUUUACACUGAGUUUACAGCUUUCUGUCUAAGAAUUGGACAAUUAUGUCCUGGUGUUCUAAUUUGUACAAGAUAAACACAUGUCUCUUUUAAUUUUAUUUCUUCAGUGGGACAUAAGCCCCAGAUUUGUAUAUUUAUUGGUAUUGCUUUUUAUUUUGUGUGUUUUUAGGUUUGUUAUAAGCCCUGAAGCUCUUAAAAUCAAACUAUUUGGAAAGCUAAUGUUUUUAUGAACAGCUACAGCCGGGUACUAUAAAAUAAAGUGAAAAUUGAUACUGUGUAACAGAUUAAAACUGCCAAAUACAUUCUUUAAAAUGCUUUUUAAGUACAAUGACUUGUCAGGCUUGGUUUUUGUUGUUUAUUUUUUAAUUACAAAAAUAUAGGAAACUCUAAUGCAGAAGCAUGGUAUAGUCCAAGACUUAGUGCAAACAACUGUGAGUUGAAUAUAACCUAUACUAUAACAAGUUGCCCUUGUAGGUUUAACCAUUUAAAAUUGGUCAGUUUGUUGCAAUCAUUUAUUACAUGUAUUCUAAGUUACUGUGGAAACUUUACUAUAAUUUUCCUUGUGUCUUUAAAAUUUUGUACAAGGCAUUUUGUUAAAUGUUAGGAUUAUCUGUGCAGUGUAAGCAAAUGUACUGAAAAGGUCAGAUAUAAACCUUUUUUAACCAUUCUUUACCAAAGAAUGCAACAUCUCAAAAGGCUAAAUUCAGCAUUAAAGUUGUACUGUAAAAUGUAAAUUAAAAGAAACAGUCUAAUAUCAUGUACUAUGACUUAAGUAAAACAUAUAUGUUGCAUUAGAUACUAAAAGCUAACAUUCUCAUUCCUUGAGUGCAUUUUAGACACUAUUAUACACUAUUAUACGUUUUUAUGUCUGAUUUUUGUAUUAAUCUGUUAAAUAAUUUGUCAUUUAUGUGCCAGUAUGGCUGUAGGGGUGCUAAUUUUCGUCUUCACACUUUACACUUCCUAACCUUCAAGCUAACCUCAGUUUUGUAAUCUUAGGGUCCUGAAGUCCUUCAUAAAUGUGAAACUUUAAACAUUUGUCCCUACUUUCUGGAAAUGUUGAGAAAUAUGAUGCUGUUAUUAUGAGCUUAAUUUGUUUUACUCAAAGUUGUUUCUUUAAAACAAAUGUUCACAGCCUGCUAGUUAGCUAAAGAAGCUAGCAUGAGCUUGGCUUGAUUAACACUAAUAAAAGUAAAAAAAUAAUUUCUGGUUAAAAAAUAUGCAAAACAUAAUGUAAAUGUAUUAUCUAGAUUGCAUUGAUUUUACAUUUGUAAAGGUUUUUAGACAUGGGUAAUGAACAAAGAUUUGUGUUGCCUUUGUGACGCUCUGAUAUUUAGCUUGCAUCAGAUGCCUAAAAAGCCUAAAUGUCCAAUAUCUUGGUUUAAAUCAGAUAUAUAUAUAUAUAUAUCUAUUUAUAGAUAUAUAUAUAUAUAUAUUUUUUUUUUUUAAUUGUGUCGGGAUAGCUAAAGUGGUACAAAUCCUUAGUCUUUACUGCCUUUACUGUUACACUUUGUUUUUACAUUUUACCUUCAAGCUAGCUUCUGUUGGGUUAGCAUAUGGUUGUGAAGUCCUGCCACACUGUGAAAUUCACUCAUCUGUCCCAUUUUCUCAAAAUAUUUAGAAAUCUAAUGUUAUACUGGAAAGUGCAUUUCUUUUUGCCAAAUAAAAUAGUUUCUUUUUAAUUUUUCUACAGUGUCACAGCAUGCUAGUUUGAGAAAGAAUCUAGCAUAAACUUGGUUUAACACUAAUAAAACAAACAAAACUUAUGUUUAAAUAAUUAAAACACAAAAGCUGUAUCUACCCUAUUUAUGUACUGUGUAUUGGGAAACAUACUAUUUGUCUCCAUUUUCUGGAAAUAUUUAAUGAUCUAAUGUUGUUUUAGAAGGCGGAAUUGCUUUUGCCAUACAAAAUUGUUUCUUUUUACAUUUUUAAUAGCUUGGUUUUAUUCACACUAUAAAUAAAUGUACACUUACUAUCUUGACUUGCAGUUAAAUUUUUCUGGAGGGUUUUUUUUUAUCAGUGGAGACUGAACCAUGAUUUGUGUGUCUUUUAAGCUCUUUUUAGCUUUUUGUGAAAUGCUAAUGAUAAAAGCUAAUAAUAAUUUUGUGUAAAACUAAGAAAUAAAUUACCCCAAGAACCGGUUCCAGAUCUGUAAAGACUGAUACAACUGUUUAAAAAAAUUAGACUAGCAUGAAAGUUUGAUCAAUAUAUAAUGUCUUAAUGAUCUUGUGAUGGUUGAAUGUAGAUAUUAAACUGAAGCUAAUGUUCUACGCUAAGGAGAUGGGUGCUGGUAUGAACUUAGAUAGGACUUUACCUCACUAAUGCACACUGUGUCCGAUAAUAUUGGGACUGAUAACCCACUAUUAAAUCUGAGUUUAUUUCUAAGGAGGAAACUGGAGAAAGAAUACCUAAACAAUUCUUGAUUAAUAUUUUAAGCAAGAAAUUGCAAACUAAGGGGCCCAGUUAUUAAUAAUUUAAUUUCUUUCUUACUGUCUUGUGUCUCAGCACCUGCAGCUUUUUCUCACAUUUGUGUUUUUGAGAAGAUGUGAAGCCCAGUUAUUUCUGUGUGAUUGGCAAAGCUUGUAAAACUUUGUACAAGUUUUCAUAUUAUUCCUGCAUGAUUGUUGUGAAAUGUUUAAAAGUUGUGUUAUACAUGAAUAAAAUAAAUAACACUUUGUGACAUGUUGA